CGUCAUCUUCAGGCGACAGAAUCCAGCUUCGCGCCAAGCAGUUGGAUGAUUAAAUUACUUUUUCUGACAACAAGCCUGACCGUAAACUGCGAGAAAGCUGUUUAUAAUGGACAUCAGGCGGUUCUUUACACCGACUUCAGACAAGCCUGCGGUGCAGAAACCAGCUCCACCCGGAAACGUCAAAACAGAGAAGAAGAAGAAGAAGAAUCCUCUCUCUUCCGACGAGGAAGUGAAGAAGAAGGAGACCACCAAGGUGAAAAGCUCCGGACCAGAGGAGAGACGGAAGGACAGUGACUCAAAACGAAGGAAGCAUAUAGUCAUAGAAUCCGACUCCGAGGAUGAGAAGCCAGCGAGGAAGUCGAAGAAGUCCCCCAAAGAGAAACGGACUACGAGCAAAACGAAGCCACCGCCCAAAAAAGAUCCUGUGCAGUAUGUCUCUGAAACAGACUCAGACAGCGACAACUUUCAGUCUUUGAAGAAGGUCUCCAAACCCAAGCAGAACGGCACGGCCAAACCGACAAAAGCAGGUGCCAGCGCUGCUCGUCCAGGAGUCAAAGAGGGGCUCAAGUCUCCGUCCAGGCCCUCCACCACACAGGGGAAAGCUGUGCUGAAGUCUCCCGUCACCCCAAAGUCAGCUCCGCCUCCUCCGCACAAACAAACCCCCACCUCGGUACUCGACUACUUCGGCAGCGCGGUGGUCCAGCGGUCCGAUAAGAAGCUCGUAGCCAGCACCAAGCGAAAGGCCCCAACUCAGGAAGCAGAUGAUCCGAUGAGUGAUGAGCAAAUCGCCAAACAGCUGCAGAUGGAGGAGGACAUGAUGGAGCUGGAAAAGCAGGUCCAUGAGGACGAGGAAUUUGCCAAAACUCUGGCCAUGCUGGAUGAGGAGCCUCAAGCUAAGAAGGCUCGUAAAGGCUCUGAUGAAAAACAAGCCGCUACUGCAGCUCCCAGAAGGAGCAGUACAGACUCUGCUGCUGGCAGCAAGAGCAGCCCGUCAAAGACCACCCGAAGGGGCAGCGUGUCGGAGGAUGCAAUUGGCCCGACUCCUAAGAAGGACCCCACCCCCGUCAAAGCCAGCUCCAAACUGGCCAUGAUGAAGAAAGAGAACGAGGAGCGAGACGAAGGGUCGAAGGGCAAAACGCCAGUUUCGCUCACAAAAGUAAAGAUCUCUCCCAAAAAGGAGCCGCUCGCUUCGUCGAGCUCAGACAAGAAGUUCAUUCCCAAAGCGGGAACCGCGCCCACCGUGGUUAAACCUUCUCCCAAGAAACCAGAGAGUACGAGUCCUGAGGACGCAGAGAAGAAGAAGGUCAACUCUGCAGCUUUCAGGAACUUCCUCAACAGAGAUGGACCACGAGCUCUGGGCUCCAAGGAAAUCCCACAGGGAGCAGAGAACUGUUUGGAGGGCUGCAUGUUUGUGCUGACGGGGGUCAUGGAGUCCAUGGAGAGGGAUGCCGCCAAAUCCCUCAUCGAGCGCUACGGAGGCAAGGUGACGGGCAACAUCAGCAAGAAGACCACCUACCUGGUGCAGGGCAGAGACAGCGGAGUCUCCAAGCUCAAGAAGGCGGAGAGUUUCGGUACCAAGAUCCUAGAUGAGGAUGCUCUGUUGGAGCUGAUCAGAACCAAACCAGGAAAGAAGUCCAAGUAUGAGAUCACUGCAGAGGCUGAGUGCAAAGCCUCAAAGACCAGGACUCCCCCCAGCAAGACAUCGAAGAGCACCCCCAAAGCUCAGAAGAUCUCCCCCUCCAAGGGGAAUUCCCGGUCCCCUCACACUCCGAGCCCGACAAAGACCGGCCUGGGACAAGGCCACGGUGCCAGGACCAGAGGUGGAGCCACUCCACCUGGGAGAGGCUCGGGUCACACAGCCCGCCGGGAGCUCGGCCUUUCCUCGUCAGGAAAAUCAUCCCCAUCGGCGACGGGGGACGACGUCAGUCUGCUGUGGGUGGACAAGUACCGCCCGCGCUCUCUGAAGACUGUGAUUGGUCAACAGGGAGACCAGAGCUGUGCCAACAAGCUGCUCCGCUGGCUGCAGAACUGGAACAAACACCACAGCGGGGGCUCUUCCAAGCCAGCAGGUACUGCAAGGUUUGGUAAGUUUGGAGGAGGGAGAGAUGACGGAUCAGCAUACAAAGCUGCUCUGCUCUCUGGACCUCCGGGCGUGGGGAAGACCACCACAGCAGCUCUCGUCUGUGAGGAGCUGGGCAUCGGCUACGUGGAGAUGAACGCAAGCUGCUGUCGCAGCAAAAACAGUCUGAAGGAAGUCGUCGCAGAGUCGCUCAACAACACCAGCAUCGAGAGCUUCUACAAAGGCACCUCUCAGAAAGUGAGCAGUAGACACGUCCUGAUCAUGGACGAGGUUGAUGGCAUGGCCGGCAACGAAGACCGCGGAGGAAUACAGGAGAUGAUCGGCCUGAUCAGAAAUUCAAAGAUUCCCAUCAUCUGCAUGUGCAAUGAUCGUAACCACCAGAAGAUCAGGUCGCUGGCCAACUACUGCUUCGAUCUGCGCUUCCAGAGGCCGCGAGUGGAACAGAUCAAGGGAGCCAUGAUGUCCCUCGCUUUCAAAGAGGGAAUCAAGAUCCCGCCCCCAGCUCUGAACGAAAUCAUCCUAGCCUCCAAUCAGGAUGUCCGACAGGUGAUCCAUAACCUGAGCAUGUGGUCGGCCAAAGACAAGGUGAUGACAUAUGACCAGUGCAAGUCUGACGCAGCCAGUGCCCGCAAGGACAUGAAACUGGGGCCGUUUGACGUCUGUAGGAAGGUGUUUGCCGCGGGGGAGGAGACCGCCCACAUGAGCCUCAUCGACAAGUCGGACCUCUUCUUCCACGACUACUCGCUAGCGCCGCUCUUUGUCCAAGAGAACUACCUGCAUGUUCGGCCAAAGGCUGCCGGUGGGGACCUGAAGUCCCACCUGAUGCUGCUCAGCAAGACGGCUGACUCCAUCUCUGACGGAGACCUGGUGGACCGACAGAUCCGCUCUAGGCAGAACUGGUCGUUGCUUCCCACACAGGCCAUCUAUGCCAGUGUGUUACCAGGCGAGCUGAUGAAAGGCUACAUGAGUCAGUUCCCCACCUUCCCCAGCUGGCUCGGCAAGUACUCCUCCACCAACAAACAUUCCCGCAUCGUCCAGGAGCUGGCCUCACACAUGGGUUUGAAGACGAUGUGCAGCAGACAGGCGGUGAACCUGGACUACUUGCACUACCUGCGGCAGACGCUGCUGAGCCCUCUCCAGAGGCUCGGAGCGGAGGGUGCCGGGGAAGCUGUGCAGCUGCUGGACAACUACCAGCUCAUCAAGGAGGACGUGGACAGCAUCAUGGAGAUCAGCGCCUGGGGCGGACAGCCAGACCCCUACUCCAAACUGGACCCUAAGGUGAAGGCAGCAUUCACGCGGGCCUACAACAGAGAAGUUCACCUGACGCCGUACUCCCUGCAAGUGGUGAAGAAGGGCCGCCGUGGUGGUGGUGGUGGGGGGGAGGAGUCUGAGUUGGGAGGAGAGGACGUGAACAACGAAGCGCAGGAGUCCGAGGACGAGGGCCUCAAAACCGACGCCAUGAUCAAACAGAAGAGGGCCAAAGCCACCAAGGAGUCGAAGAAGGACGAUUCUGGGAAAGACAAAGGAAAGGGGAAAGGAAAGGGGAAAGGCAAGGCCAAGAAAUGAGCUAUGACCAGAGGAGGAAACUGUCCUGGUCUGCCGCCCUCCGCCCUCACACACACUGUAAUAUUCUUUCUCAGAUCCUUAAAUGAGUAUCAGAAAGUAGUGAUUCUGGUUACUGCAGGCAACUCUAAAUGCUAACCCCACUAAGCUAGUAAGAAUCGGUUUCCACUUUUUUAACUUCCUGUCGUGUUUCCAUCAGAGCGAACACACGCUGUAUAUUCUCUGGUGGUUCCCUCCAUUAUCAUGUCUAUAGAGCUGCGUAGCGAUGUGUCUCAUCAGGAGUGUAGUGGGCGUCUCCCGUCAUGAGAUAGUGGGCCGGGUGUUGAGGCUGUAAAUAAUGUGACUGAUGUAUAAGUCUGUUCUCUUUGCUACGACUACAAUACAGAAAUGUUUGAGCUCUACGGUUAGCACUGAUGUUCUUGUAAAUUGCAAUUUUUGUAAAAAAAAAACAUUUCAUGAGGAAUAAAGGAGAAAUGUGUCACUCA